AUGUUGAGAGUAGUUACUUCAAGAAAUUUAGUAUCAAGGUUUAGAAGUAGAUUUUUUAGUAGCUGUUGCUCACUCACUGAAAAACAUCCAUUCAAUGCACCAAUUAAGAUAUUCCUAAAGAAUGGUGAAGUUGUCACGUUACCACCUAUACCGAAAGAUAAAGGUAAGACCAUUGAAGAUACUAAAGCAAGAAGUAUUUCCAAGAUACAAGGGAGAAUCAAACCGAAGGAUCUUAGGGUAAGAGGGCGUCAUGGUGUUACCUCAGAUUAUAAUAAUAAUCGAAUGAACAAAGAAGCAUAUAACAGUAUAAUAAGUGAUAAAAUCUCCAAGAACUCCUUCAAUGUUGUAUUCAGUCCGUUUGGAAUUAAACAGGAAACAGUUACUUUAAAAGAUAACACUCAAGAUUCAGAAGGAGAACAACUACAUCCGCCUCAAUUAGCGGGAGAAUUACAUAGGGUUCUUUAUCAACCGAUGACUUUACAUCAAUUGAAAGAUUCACGGUCUAGUGUUUACUUAUUCGAUCCAAAAUUGGAGAAGAUAACACCAGAAUUUUUGGAGAAGAAAAUAUUUAUAACAAGUGAUCAAAGUGAACUUUCAAGCAGUAACGAAAACAUCCCUUUAUUUGUGACUCCUCACAAGGACAAGAGCUUGAUGUCUGUGGCUAAGAAAUACAAGAAAAGGUAUAUCUCCUCAUCUAGUUCAAUGACAGCUAUUCUUUCACAUAUCCAUUUUCUAUUGUCUAACUUUAGAGGAUUAAACAUUGAGGAUACACCUAUAUCAGAUAGAUUCAAUCAUAAACGCUGUAAUUUCUCAAGAGGGGCCAAAUUUCCAGCGACAGUAAUAUUACGUAAGAUGGAUGACAAAAUUAGAUCUAUUGAUUCAGACAAAACAUUUGAUAAAGAAAUGAUUCUUUCAUUGUUGGGUCACUCUUUAGAGAGCUUCCUUACUGUUGAUUCAAAAUCACCAAAGCCGCAAAAUGAUUUUUAUCAUUAUUCAAAAAUAAAUGAUUUUAUUGUGAGAUCUCAAUUAGAUGCAUAUGAUCCAUAUCUUCCCGGUACAGGAGUGUUUGACUUAAAAACUAGAGCGGUAUCUGCAAUAAGACAUGAUUUGCCAUAUGUAGAACAAAAUAAUAAUGUGACUGGUUAUAGGUUAGAUAGGAUGCAUGGUGAAUAUGAAUCAUUUGAACGUGAAUUCUAUGAACUGAUUCGUUCUACCCUUUUAAAAUAUUCUCUACAGAGUAGAAUUGGGAAAAUGGAUGGUAUUUUUGUUGCAUACCAUAACAUUUCAAAACUUUUCGGUUUCCAAUAUUUACCACAGGAAGAAUUAGAUUAUAUCAUUAAUUCAAAACAUAGUGAUAAAUUUUUAAACGUGUUACACAAACGAAGUAGCGAAAUUAUACGUGAUGUGGGUCAAAGAGAUUAUAUUGUGAAUCAUUUAUAUCAAGGUAGAGAAAUUGCUAGUCGUGUCGCUGAGUCUGAAUUUAAGGUUUCAUUUGUCAUAUUGAAGAAUGCUUUAAAAUAUUUGGAAAGUGAAUUAGAUAAGAAAUUAGGUUCUAAAAAUUGGGAAAAAUGUAAGAUUAUGAUGCAAACCGAAAGUAAAAAAAUACGUUUGCCAAACAGCGAGGUAAUUAACUACCCUGUUCUUAAUAUUAUCGCAAUCCCAUUGCCAUCGGAUUAUCAAGAUGAAUCAAUUAUCAACGCAAAUAGUUCUCAAGAACAGAUACAAAGUGUCAUAGCCGAUUACUCAUCGAAAUUAGAAAAAGAAGUGCAUCAUUCUGAGUUUGUGGAGAAUAUGGUGGGUGUUCAGCUUAGGGUAUUCCACAAACAAGAUAAUGCAGAAGUUUCUAAGAUUGGGAAUGUAUCGAGUAAUACAAAUAUAUCAUUAGAAAAUAAGACAACUCAAAAUUCUUAUUAUUCCAGAGUGCAAAAUUUUCAAACACCCAAUUUUAUACGUUCUGAGGAUGUAGAUCACUGGAAAAUUUCCUCAUGGUGGACCCCUAUAAAUGAUUCCAAGAAACUUUGUAGGUUGUACUUAGAGUACUGUAAUAUUAAAUUAGAUGCUUUAAGACACCAAUCAGAGGUAAUAAAUGACAGUGAGUCUGUCGUAAAUAACUUGAAAAAUCAACCCAAACUAACCAAAUUUGAGGUGAAAGGCAAGUCCAAGCAGAACAAUCCUUUUCAAACAGUACUAAGAGCAUAUGGUGAGAAAGGUGCCAUUGCUGAAAAAUCGAUAAUUGACCCUGAGAACAAGAUUAGGUGGAAUUCUUAA